AGUCCACAACAAAAUCGACGAUGACUUGCCGCUGCACUGUUAAUACCCUCAGCUUCUUUAUUCGAAAUGUAGCACAUGUAGAUGUCUCCUUGCCCAGGCAAGCAGCGCACCAAGUGCGAAGAUUUCCAAUUCGAACUGGAACUUCUCGAGCUCUCAACACACCUCUUUCAUCCAGACGAACUUACUCUUCUGCAACAUCUCUCGAAGCUGGCACAACGGAGCCUCAAUCAGAGGCAACUUCUCAGAAUCCAGUUGUGGAGUUUUCACUCGAUGCGAUAGAUUCCAUUUUAGCUGAAUCACCGUUGAACUCGCCAGCCAAAAAAACGGAACCGAAGAGAGAACCAGAACAUGAAACGCCCUUGGAGUCUCUGCUCAAGGAUAUGCCGCAGAAAAAAUCCAAGAGUGAAGAUUGGGCUGUAAGGAAAAGCGAAAAUGCCAGAACCUUCACGAAAACGGAUACACAUCCGGCUGAGGAUGGGUCAAAGAAAUUAGUAAGGAGGACUGGAGGAACCGGUAACACGGGUCUGACAAUACAUUUCGAUAACCCUCGGGCUCCUCCACGGCAGGACUCUUUAUUAAAGGAUGCAAGGUCCCAAUCCAGGAGCCCCAGAGGCAGAGAAGAUGACAGGCAACGACCUAAGGACGGUUGGGUUCCUCCUCCACGAGCACCCUGGAUGAUAGAGAAGGAGAGAAUCAAAGCGAAAUACCCAGACGGAUACAAACCAAUGAAGAAGCUAUCUCCGGACGCAAUGGCAGGUAUCCGAGCUCUACACGCCCAAAUGCCGGAAUAUUACACGACUUGGGCACUAUCUCAGGAAUUCGAAGUAUCGCCGGAGUCCAUCCGCCGAAUUCUCAAGUCCAAAUGGACACCUGAUCCAGAAGAGGAGACGGAUCGACAGCGACGAUGGAAAAAGAGGGGAGAAGCUAUUUGGGCCAGAUAUGCGGACCUGGGAGUCAAACCGCCUAAAAAGUGGAGGGAACUAGGUAUUGGAAAUGGAAAGCCAGAAUGGAUGUUGAGAAAGCAACUUGAGCAGGAUAGACCAGGACCUCCAGCUCUCGUUACUACAGCCAGACGGAUUGUACAGAAGCCUGAGUCUGGUGAUGAGGCUGGAAGCCUUUCUGAUAAGAUGUUGUAGGAUCAUUUGGGAAAGUUAUGCUGGUGUUACACGGUAUUGGAGAGGUACUGGAUUCCGCAAAGUGAUUGGCGGUACAGAUGGAAGCUAGCCUUGCAGCUGGAAGACUGCGCAAGCAUCUUCUCAUGCUAAAAGGUAGCCUUGCAGAGAUCUGUAAACCAUGGUUCAGCUGGAUCUUGGUUGAAAAUGGCAGUCCUAGGAGUAGCACCCUGUACAUAAUUUGAUUGGUUCAUGCUAUAUCCAUAGCAGAUGUAUGACAUUGAAGUUUCUUCACGGAAGCCGUUCUAUUUGUCAAAUGUUGGCCAUUGAUUAUGGGGAAACACAUCGCAUUGACUAUUUUUUUGCUAUUUCGAGAGGCAUAUUGCAAGAAGAAAAGUUGGUACCGAUAAGGAGAGAUCUCGGAUAGGUAACAAAACUUGCACGUCAGGACUACAUCCCAUGUCCAUGUGAUAGCCACUGAAUUAAGGACUGAGAUGUUCUGUGGUGGCCAAUAAGGAGCUUCAACAGCGGCAUUGUGGUGACAUUGAGG